AACUUUAUUCCAACCGUUUUUCGUUACCUUCUUGUAUUUCAGGCCCACAUUCACCGUGUCACACUGUUUCCUUAUCUCAAAUUCAACAGCUAGUAAUUUCUUACACAUAACAAACCUCUGAAUUGAAGCCUGUCAGACAGAAUUAUCGCAAAGCAUAGCCAAGAGAGCUCUAAAUUUGUCACAACUUGGAAGUGUGUCAAUCAAAUUUGAGACACCACUGUGUUUGUGAUUUGGAGGUUGAUAAUGUCUGCUGCUGUUUCCGCAACCAAGGAUGUUCCCUUCAAUUCUCAGUUGGAGGAAGACCUUAAAAACAAAGGAACCAAUAACAAGGUUGUUGGGGAAGCAGACCGUGUUCCUUACACUGAGGAUGCGGAAGGAACUGAGUCAGAGGCAGAGGAUGACCCCAAGUUGAAAUUGGAUCUUGGCCCUCAGUUUUCCCUCAAAGAACAGAUUGAGAAAGACAAAGAUGAUGAAAGUUUAAGAAAAUGGAAAGAACAGCUUCUGGGAAGUAUUGAUGUGUCUGCUGUUGGAGAGAACAAAGAGCCAGAAGUGAAGAUAGUGAGCCUCACCAUAAUAUGCCCAGGGAGGCCUGAGCUGAUUUUACCAAUUCCAUUUACUUCUGAUGCGAAGAAGAGUAUCUUCAUUCUCAAGGAAGGAAGUCAAUACCGCUUGAAAUUCUCCUUCACUGUCUCCAACAACAUUGUUUCCGGCCUCAAAUACACCAAUGUUGUUUGGAAAACUGGGGUUAGAGUGGACAACACCAAAAAAAUGUUGGGAACUUACAGCCCAAGGCAGGAACCAUAUACGUAUGAAUUGGAAGAAGAAACUACCCCUUCAGGGUUAUUCGCUAGGGGAACCUAUUCAGCAAGAACCAAGUUUGUAGAUGAUGAUCGCAAAAGCUACUUGGACACAAAUUACUACUUUGAAAUUCAGAAGAGUUGGCCUACACCCAUUUAAGAUCGAAGGGUAAUUUAUUGGUGGAUUUUCUUUCCUUUGUCAUGUUGUAUCUUUCUGGCAUAUUGAAUCCUGCUUUUGUUUACUAAUCCAGAGAGUGUAGUUGUGCACAUGCAUGAUAAAUGAUGGUGCAAAUCCUAUCCUUCUA